AUGGAUGCCGGUGAAAGAUCGUCGACAGAUGCCUCCGGUCCACCUGAUUCGACUGGUCAAAUGCUCUCAUCUCGUUUAUCCCAACUACACAGCAUCCAAGAGGCACGAAUAGCUUUGAAAUAUCUAUUCAGACAACUACAUUUGAAUAGUCAGUUGGAGAUUGUAAAUCAUCAUUAUCAUUAUUUUCUGAUAUGGAUGUACAAGUUUGUUGUUUGUUUAAAUUAUACGUUUCAUUAA